AUGCACGCCGCCUCCUGCCUCUGGCGAGCCGCAUCAGCGCACCCACCUGCCGCUUCCUCUCUGGCCGCACUCCAGGGUCGUGGUGGUGGUGGUGACGAUGAUGCGAUUGCUGCGCUGUUAUGUCCGGACCAGGCCACGGCACCCACCGCCAACGACAGCCGCUUUGCUCGAACCGCAUCAAAGCUCAUCUGUGUCCGCUGCCGCUGGUGCGCUUCUGUUGAUCGAGCAGCCAGCUCGACAAGACCAGGCCUUGCCUCGUCUCACAGCAAGGGUCUCUCUCCCCUUUGCUCCCGAGAGCGUCGCCUUGUCCCGGCAUCCUGGCCUUCUAAUGCUCCCGGACCAUCCUGCGUCCUCUGCCACCUCGCACCAGAAGACGCAGGGCUCCGUAUCCGCUGGGGUCGUGUCUCGACUCACUCACCCCAAGACCAGCUCGGCACCGGCAAUUUGGACUUGGUCCGCAGACCGAUAACCUCUGUGCUCGUGGGUGUCGGUGAGGGCCAUUCCUACUGCUUGGCCAUUCGUUGUGGACAUGAAUCUUAG